ACCAAAACAAACAAACUGUUGAUAUGCGCAGCGCCAUUUGAAGACUGCGCCAUUGCAAAGAAUGCUCAGGCCCUCAAAUCAUCCACUUCUGAGCGUAAAAAACCGAGAGAGACGCGAAACAGAGUUGCAAAGAUAUCAAAUCGAACACCCACUACAAAUUUUAUUGCGCUUUUCGGUUCGCUUCAGCUCGCGUCUGCUUGUGGAAAAAAAAACGCGUAUUUUGCAGUGAAUUUUCUAUUCAAGCAUCUACAAUUGCGCUAAUCGACGCUGCCCUGCGGCUUUGUGGUGGCCACGCGUUCCAACUUUUCAUAAUUUUCGUGGGCCCAAAAAAAACUGUGAACAAAAAUUGGAGCGAAUUCCAGACAAUAAUAAGAUCUCACACUGAAGUGACGAUCACGGAUCACAAUGAGCACCACAACGGACUCCAAGGCGCCGCUGCGCCAGGUGAAGCGUGUACAGUUUGGUAUUUUGUCACCCGAUGAAAUUCGCCGCAUGUCCGUUACGGAGGGUGGCGUCCAGUUCGCUGAGACGCUGGAGGGCGGCCGGCCAAAGCUGGGCGGUCUGAUGGAUCCGCGUCAGGGUGUUAUCGAUCGAACGUCGCGCUGCCAGACGUGCGCGGGCAACAUGACCGAAUGUCCAGGCCAUUUUGGACAUAUUGAUUUGGCCAAGCCGGUCUUUCACAUUGGCUUCAUCACGAAAACGAUUAAGAUAUUGCGCUGUGUGUGUUUCUAUUGCUCCAAGAUGCUGGUGUCGCCCAACAAUCCCAAGAUCAAGGAGAUCGUCAUGAAGUCCAAAGGUCAGCCGCGCAAACGUCUCGCCUACGUCUACGAUUUGUGCAAGGGCAAAACGAUUUGCGAGGGUGGCGAAGACAUGGAUUUGGCCAAGGACAAUCAACAGGUCGAUCCGAAUAAGAAACCAGGGCAUGGUGGCUGCGGUCACUACCAGCCCUCGAUACGACGCACCGGACUCGAUCUAACCGCAGAAUGGAAGCACGUCAACGAGGAUUCGCAAGAGAAAAAGAUUAUUGUUUCGGCGGAGCGUGUUUGGGAGAUACUAAAGCACAUCACCGACGAGGAGUGCUUCAUACUGGGCAUGGAUCCCAAAUAUGCUCGUCCCGAUUGGAUGAUUGUCACAGUGUUGCCAGUGCCGCCGCUAGCGGUGCGUCCGGCUGUCGUUAUGUUUGGCGCCGCCAAAAAUCAGGACGAUUUAACGCACAAGCUUGCGGACAUCAUAAAGGCAAACAAUGAGUUGCGCAAGAACGAGGGCAGUGGCGCCGCUGCUCAUGUCAUCCAGGAGAACAUCAAGAUGUUGCAGUUCCACGUGGCCACGCUAGUGGACAAUGAUAUGCCCGGCAUGCCGCGCGCCAUGCAAAAGUCUGGCAAACCAUUAAAGGCGAUCAAGGCCCGACUCAAGGGCAAAGAGGGACGUAUUCGUGGCAAUUUGAUGGGCAAACGUGUCGAUUUCUCGGCCCGCACUGUCAUCACACCGGAUCCUAAUUUGCGUAUCGAUCAAGUGGGUGUGCCGCGUUCCAUUGCACAGAAUCUAACGUUCCCAGAGCUGGUGACGCCGUUUAACAUCGAUCGCAUGCAGGAGCUGGUGCGUCGCGGCAACUCUCAGUAUCCGGGCGCCAAAUACAUUGUCCGUGACAAUGGUGAACGUAUCGAUUUGCGAUUUCAUCCCAAAUCCUCGGAUUUGCAUCUGCAGUGCGGCUAUAAGGUGGAGAGGCAUUUGCGUGACGACGAUCUGGUCAUAUUCAAUCGACAGCCGACGCUCCACAAGAUGAGUAUGAUGGGGCACAGGGUGAAAGUGUUGCCCUGGUCAACGUUCCGCAUGAAUCUGUCGUGUACAUCGCCCUACAAUGCUGAUUUCGAUGGCGACGAGAUGAAUCUCCAUGUGCCCCAAUCGAUGGAGACACGCGCCGAGGUUGAGAACAUACACAUUACACCGCGUCAGAUUAUCACGCCGCAGGCGAACAAACCGGUUAUGGGCAUUGUCCAGGAUACGCUGACAGCGGUACGGAAAAUGACCAAACGGGAUGUGUUCAUAACGCGUGAACAGGUUAUGAAUCUGUUGAUGUUCCUGCCCACGUGGGAUGGCAAGAUGCCGCAGCCGUGCAUCCUGAAGCCGCGUCCCCUGUGGACGGGCAAACAGAUCUUCUCUCUGAUUAUACCCGGCAACGUGAACAUGAUCCGUACACAUUCAACGCAUCCCGAUGAGGAGGAUGAUGGUCCAUACAAGUGGAUAUCGCCCGGUGACACCAAGGUCAUGGUCGAGCACGGUGACCUCAUCAUGGGCAUUCUCUGCAAGAAGACACUGGGCACUUCGGCCGGCUCGCUGCUGCAUAUCUGUUUCCUGGAGCUAGGACAUGAUAUUGCUGGACGCUUCUACGGCAACAUUCAGACGGUGAUCAACAAUUGGUUGCUGCUCGAGGGCCAUAGCAUUGGCAUUGGCGAUACCAUUGCCGAUCCGCAGACCUAUAACGAGAUCCAGAUGGCCAUCAAGAAGGCCAAGGACGAUGUCAUCAACGUUAUCCAGAAGGCCCACAACAUGGAACUCGAACCGACACCAGGCAACACACUGCGACAAACAUUCGAGAACAAGGUGAAUCGCAUUCUCAACGAUGCUCGUGACAAAACUGGUGGUUCCGCCAAGAAAUCCCUCACCGAAUACAACAAUCUAAAAGCUAUGGUCGUCUCCGGCUCCAAGGGUUCCAACAUUAACAUCUCACAGGUUAUUGCUUGUGUGGGUCAGCAGAAUGUGGAGGGUAAACGGAUACCGUACGGUUUUAGGAAGCGCACUCUGCCACAUUUCAUCAAGGAUGAUUAUGGUCCCGAGUCGCGAGGUUUCGUCGAGAACUCAUAUCUGGCCGGUUUGACACCAUCCGAGUUCUAUUUCCAUGCGAUGGGCGGUCGUGAGGGUCUCAUCGAUACGGCUGUGAAGACAGCGGAAACCGGUUACAUUCAGCGUCGUCUCAUAAAGGCUAUGGAAUCGGUGAUGGUCAAUUAUGAUGGCACCGUUCGUAAUUCUGUCGGCCAACUGAUUCAGUUGCGUUACGGCGAGGAUGGCCUCUGCGGCGAAUUGGUCGAAUUCCAGAAUAUGCCGACGGUUAAGCUGUCCAACAAGGUAUUCGAGAAACGAUUCAAAUUCGAUUGGUCGAAUGAGCGUUAUAUGCGCAAAGUGUUCGCCGAUGAUGUGAUCAAGGAGAUAACAGAGAGCAGUGUUGCCAUCCAGGAGCUGGAGGCCGAAUGGGAUCAUCUUGUUACCGAUCGCGACAAUCUGCGCACCAUUUUCCGCAACGGUGAUUCGAAAGUGGUGCUGCCUUGCAAUCUGCAGCGCAUGAUCUGGAACGUGCAGAAGAUCUUUCACAUUAACAAGCGACUGCCGACAGAUCUAUCGCCCAUGCGGGUGAUACGCGGUGUUAGCGAUCUGCUCAACCGUUGCGUCAUCGUUACGGGCAACGAUCGCAUCUCGAAACAGGCGAACGAGAAUGCAACGUUGCUGUUCCAGUGCCUCAUCCGUUCGACGUUGUGCACCAAAUACGUAUCGGAGGAGUUUCGGCUGUCGACGGAGGCCUUUGAGUGGUUAAUCGGUGAGAUUGAGACACGUUUCCAGCAGGCGCAGGCAAAUCCGGGUGAAAUGGUUGGCGCCCUGGCUGCCCAGAGUUUGGGCGAGCCCGCCACCCAGAUGACACUGAACACUUUCCAUUUUGCUGGCGUCUCAUCCAAGAACGUAACGCUGGGUGUGCCUAGGCUUAAGGAGAUCAUCAACAUAUCGAAGAAACCGAAAGCGCCAUCGCUAACCGUAUUCCUUACGGGCGGCGCUGCUCGCGAUGCGGAGAAGGCGAAAAAUGUGCUGUGCCGAUUGGAGCAUACCACGCUGCGCAAGGUGACAGCGAAUACGGCCAUCUAUUAUGAUCCGGAUCCGCAGCGCACUGUCAUAUCAGAGGAUCAGGAAUUCGUGAAUGUUUACUAUGAGAUGCCCGACUUUGAUCCCACACGCAUUUCGCCGUGGCUGCUGCGCAUCGAACUCGAUCGCAAACGGAUGACGGACAAGAAACUGACAAUGGAACAGAUUGCUGAGAAGAUCAAUGUUGGCUUUGGCGAAGAUCUUAAUUGCAUUUUCAACGAUGAUAAUGCGGAUAAGUUGGUGUUGCGCAUCCGGAUCAUGAACAAUGAGGAGAACAAAUUCCAGGACGAAGAUGAGGCCGUUGACAAAAUGGAGGAUGACAUGUUUUUGCGGUGCAUCGAGGCCAAUAUGCUGUCGGACAUGACACUGCAGGGCAUCGAGGCGAUUGGCAAGGUUUAUAUGCAUCUGCCCCAAACGGACAGCAAGAAGCGUAUCGUCAUCACGGAGACGGGUGAAUUCAAGGCGAUUGGCGAAUGGCUGCUGGAGACUGAUGGCACAUCGAUGAUGAAGGUGCUCUCCGAGCGUGACGUCGAUCCCAUACGCACCUCGUCCAACGAUAUUUGCGAAAUCUUCCAGGUGCUCGGCAUCGAGGCCGUGCGCAAAAGUGUCGAGAAGGAGAUGAAUGCUGUGCUACAGUUUUAUGGCCUGUACGUCAACUAUCGACAUUUGGCGCUGCUCUGCGAUGUGAUGACGGCCAAGGGUCAUUUGAUGGCCAUAACACGUCACGGCAUCAACAGACAGGAUACGGGCGCCCUGAUGCGUUGCUCCUUCGAGGAGACUGUCGAUGUGCUUAUGGAUGCGGCCGCCCAUGCCGAAACGGAUCCCAUGCGUGGCGUCUCCGAGAACAUAAUUAUGGGUCAGUUGCCCAAAAUGGGCACCGGCUGCUUCGAUCUGCUGCUGGACGCCGAGAAGUGCCGUUUCGGCAUCGAGAUACCCAAUUCCCUUGGUAGCAGUAUGCUUGGCGGUGCUGCCAUCUUUAUGGGCGGCGGUUCCACGCCCAGCAUGACGCCACCAAUGACGCCGUGGGUCAAUUGCCAUACGCCGCGCUACUUCUCACCGCCAGGUCACGUGAGCGCAAUGACGCCAGGUGGGCCCAGUUUCUCGCCCUCAGCUGCAUCGGAUGCGUCUGGCAUGUCACCGAGCUGGUCGCCGGCACAUCCCGGCUCAUCGCCCAGUUCGCCGGGGCCAUCGAUGUCGCCGUAUUUCCCAGCUUCGCCCAGUGUGUCGCCAUCGUAUUCGCCGACAUCACCCAAUUAUACAGCAUCAUCGCCCGGUGGCGCAUCGCCCAACUAUUCACCAUCGAGUCCAAAUUAUUCACCAACAUCGCCGCUAUAUACGGCGACUAGUCCGCGCUAUGCAUCGGCCACACCCAAUUUCAAUGCACAAUCGACGGGAUAUUCACCAUCGUCUUCGGGCUACUCGCCCACAUCGCCCGUCUAUUCGCCGACAUCAAAUUUCCAGUCGAGUCCAUCUUUCGCCGGCAGUGGUAGUAAUUUGUAUUCGCCUGGUAAUGCCUAUUCGCCUAGCUCAUCAAAUUAUUCACCCAAUUCGCCAUCGUAUUCACCAAUGUCCCCAUCGUAUUCACCGUCGAGUCCAUCGUAUUCGCCAACAUCGCCCUGCUAUUCACCCACAUCGCCAUCGUAUUCACCAACGUCCCCGAAAUAUACGGCCGUAACGCCCUCAUAUUCACCGACAUCGCCAAAUUAUUCGGCCUCGCCCCACUAUUCACCGGCAUCGCCGGCAUACUCACAGACGGGCGUUAAAUAUUCACCAACAUCGCCAACAUAUUCACCGCCGUCGCCAUCGUAUGACGGUUCGCCAGGUUCGCCACAAUAUACGCCGGGAUCGCCGCAGUAUUCGCCGGCCUCACCCAAAUAUUCACCGACAUCGCCACUGUAUUCACCCAGUUCGCCGCAGCACUCGCCAUCGAAUCAAUACAGUCCAACAGGAUCAACAUAUUCGGCGACGAGUCCUCGUUACUCGCCAAACAUGUCAAUUUACUCGCCGAGCAGCACCAAAUAUUCACCCACAUCGCCAACGUAUACGCCAACGGCACGCAACUAUUCGCCCACAUCGCCGAUGUACUCGCCAACGGCUCCCUCACACUACAGUCCCACGAGUCCUGCGUAUUCGCCCAGCAGUCCCACGUUCGAGGAGAGUGACGACUAAAGACCCAAAUCUAUCUCUGUCUCCCGAGGGAGAUGUGACGUAAAUAUUUGAUAUGCAUAUUCAUCAAUACGUAUAGGAGGCAGACACAGCAGUCUCUGCAGUGUGGAGAGGCAGACACAGCAGUCUCUGCGAUGUGGAGAGGUAGGCACAGCAGUUUCAGGUUUUGAAUCAGCGGCAUGUUGGCAUAUGUCUCACAAAUCCAUUGGCGGAGGGCAGUCUUAAAUAGAGCCGACGUCUGUCUUUUUUAACCUAGGCUGCACUACGCAGCAACUAUAUACUAUAUACAUACACAUAUACUAUAUACUAGGCUAUGUCGGCUGACACACUUAGACCAUAUUUGGCCCGUUGUGUACUAUAUACCAUAUAUAUAUAUAUAAAUAUAUCUAUAUCGUAAUCGCAUUGAGCUUUGCGCAAUGGCGUAGGCGGUAUUAAUUUUUUUUUUUACAACAUAUAUAUAUAUAUUUUUUUUGUGUCGUACAUAAGUCGAAACACUUAGAUCAAUAUCAAUUUUGGAAUUCUUAUCGGAAGUUUAGUCUUACAUAUAUAAUGAUAUAUAAUCCAUGUGAGUUAAGUUAUGUUGUAGGGCCAUUAUCGCCUCCUGUUCUCUGCCCUCCCCUCGUGUGUGUACGUCCUUACCUUACGUAUCGAUAUUAAUAUAUCAAAUUAAUUUACACUUUAGCAAAAAAAAAUAUUUAGUUUUUAAGCAAUACAGUUGAGUUAUAUAGAAAGCAAGACAUAAACAAGUUUUGUAAACCACAGACACAUUGGGAAGGGAAGUAUCCCUGUCCUGUAUAAUGUAUGAAAUAAGAUGCAAAUAAGUUUUUUGUGACGAAGUAUAUUAAAUUUCAGAAAAUAAACUCUUUGAACUCA